AAUUAAGAAAAUUUAUAGACGCUCGAGAAUCGCGUACUUAAUAUGCUAAUGCCUUUAUGCUUGAUUAGCUUGUUUCUAGAUUAAGCAAGUAAAUUGUAAUUAUGCAUAUCUGUCCACGUCAUCUAGCCAGCUCAGCAAUGGGCCUUUCAUGGGCCUCAGGGCUGGGCUCCGGUAAGGCAAAGUUGGGCCUGUGCCCAUUGACUUCUCCUCGUACGUCCACGCACGGCGUGACGAACGACAGACGAAGCAGCUUUUUAUUUGAAGGAAGAGACGAAUUGAGACGGAGUAGAUGGCGAUGGAAGCAGCUGAUGUCCUUCCCACCUUCGGAACUGCAGUCGCCCCGCGCGUAGCGAUUCCGGGUGCGUUGCCUGAAUCCAAUUCCCUUCCGUUCUCCAUCUGGGUUCGUGAAUUCGCGAGCUCGAGUGCGCAAGAGCGGCGGACUUUGGUUCUGAAUUCUUUGAUCGGCCCGGUGUGCCUUGGUUUCUGAAUUCUUGACGGUUCGCGUGCACCCGAACUUCCAGGUUCUGGGGAGGGUAAGUUCAAGAAUCGGAGGUGGGCAGCAAUCCCUUUUCGCGGGUGAGAAAGAAAGUGAGAAACAAGGAAGUGAAACUGGGAGGUUGUGGAAGACCUCCCAGUUGAUGGGAAAUGAAGCCAUCAAGUAAUAUAUGGAUUCGGCGCCAACAGUGUCCAUGUGGAGAUUGGAAGUGCUACAUGAGAUCUGAGGGAGAUGAUCAGCCAUCAGUGAGCCCCCACCCUACCAAGAAGGAGAGGACGCUAUCUUUGCCAACAACAGAAACAGUCUUUACUCCUUAUGUAGGCCAAAUUUUCAAGAGUGAUGACGAAGCGUUUGAAUACUACAGUAAUUUUGCUCGAAAAAAUGGAUUUUCAAUUAGAAAAGCGCGCUCAACAGAGAGCCAAAAUUUAGGAGUUUAUAGGCGAGAUUUUGUUUGUUAUCGGUCUGGGUUUAACCAGCCAAGGAAGAAGGCGAAUGUCGAGCACCCCAGGGAUAGAAAAUCGGUACGGUGUGGAUGUGAUGCAAAGUUGUAUCUGACAAAGGAAAUUGUUAACAGUGCCACACAAUGGUACAUUUCGCAGUUCAGUAACAUUCAUAAUCAUGAAUUAUUGGAGGAUGAUGAAGUUCGUCUACUCCCAGCUUAUCGGAAGAUACAAGAGGCUGAUCAGGAGCGCAUCCUUCUGCUUUCGAAAGCUGGGUUUCCUGUGAAUCGAAUAGUGAAGCUCCUGGAAAUAGAAAAAGGGCUACAACCUGGGCAAUUACCCUUUAUUGAAAAGGAUGUCAGAAAUUUUGUUCGGACUUGUAAGAAGACCGUCCAAGAAAAUGAUGCUUUGCUUAACAACAAGAGGGAGAGCGAUGCAAUGGAACUUCUUGAGGCAUGCAAACAUAUGACAGAGAAGGAUGCUGAUUUUGUUUAUGUUUAUACUACCGAUGAGAAUGAAAAAGUUGAAAAUAUUGCAUGGUCAUAUGGACAUUCUGUACGUGCUUUCCCUGCUUUUGGAGAUGUUGUUACUUUUGAUACCUCUUAUAGAUCAAUUACCUAUGGAUUGCUACUUGGGAUCUGGUUUGGUAUGGAUAAUCAUGGUAAGGCGAUUUUCUUGGGGUGCGUGUUGCUGCAGGAGGAAAGUGCCAACUCAUAUUCAUGGGCCUUACAGACAUUUGUUCGGUUUAUGAGGGGAAGACGUCCACAAACAAUUUUGACUGAUCUAGAUUCGGGGCUCAGGGAUGCAAUUGCUAGAGAGUUAACCAACACCAAGCAUGUCAUAAGUAUAUGGCAUGUCCAGUCCAAAUUAUCUAGUUGGUUCUCUACGACACUUGGAUCACAGUACACAGAGUUCAAAGCUGAAUUGGAUACAUUAUGUCAUUCAGAGAGCAUGGAUGAAUUUGAACUUAAAUGGAAUCGUGUCAUAGCUCAGUUUGGACUUGUUGCUGAUAAGCACAUAGCGCUGCUCUUCUCUUAUCGGGCUUUGUGGCCAUUGUCAUUGAUUAGAGGAUAUUUUGUUGCUCGUGCAAUGACAGCAGAGUAUUCAAAAUCAGUGGAUAUAUUUGUGAAAGAGAUACUGACUUCACAGACUUGCUUGCCUGUGUUCUUUGAGCAGGUUGGAGUAGCUUCUAGGUCUGUAAAUCAAGCUGCUGAAAAUCUGCAGUACAUGCAUAUGAAAACAUGCAUGCCCAUCGAAGAACAUGCCCAGAGUAUACUCACUCCUUAUGCCUUUAAGGUCUUGCAGCAUGAAAUGGUUCUCUCUCUGCAAUAUGCGAUGACUGAAAUGGCCAAUGGAUCAUAUCUUGUGCGGCACUACAAAAAACUGGAUAGAGAGUGUUUCGUAAUUUGGACACCGGAAGAUGAGCUCAUACGUUGUUCCUGUAAGGAAUUCGAGCAUUCUGGAAUACUAUGCAGGCACUCAAUUCGAGUUCUUGUGGCAAAGAACUUCUUCCAACUCCCCGAAAAGUAUUUUCCACUUCGUUGGCGGCUGGAAAGUUCUUUAGUCCCAGUGGAUGAUCACAAUGUUCCGAGAAGCAGCAAUGAUUGCGUUCAAGCCUUCCAUUCAUUAGCUGCGUCUUUAUUGACUGAAUCCUUAACAUCAAAAGAACGGUUCAAUUAUGUUAACCGAGAACUCAGUAGUCUGUUUGGUCGUGUUAGGGAUAUGCCAGCUGCUGAUGACUCUGCUGCAAAUAUGGCGCCGAACAAUGAGAGCGAAUCUUUUCAAUGUUAACCAUGCCUUAUGCAGUGUGACGGCCUAAUCACAUUCUAGGCGGAAAACUGUGAAGGCGCAGGAGAGAAAAAGAUGGGCAACUUGUAGUGUUCUUACUGUACAGAGUUACCAUUCAAAAUUAUUUAGAGGGCCUCUGCUGUGAAAAGUUGACGAGACCUCUGUCUUACACUAGUAGCUGUAAAUGCCCUUGUGCAUUGUCUAUGCGAAUUUAACAAGGAAAGAGAUAGAAAGCGGAGAGACGGUGGAUCUAAGAUGGCCUACUAAAUUGUACAUAACUAUACUUGUUUGACCGUAUAUUGGAAUUCUAAGUUUGCUGAUGCAUAUCGCCGA